AUGUUUCCUCUACGAUCCAUCAUUAUGAUUUUUUUUCUCUUGGCCAUGCAGCCAAUGGCCAAGCCUUCUUUGAUGAGUGCAAACUACACUCGUCCAUCCAUCCAAGUCUCCAGUUUGGCCAAGGAAAACGUGAUUUCCAUUGUUGACUUUGUUGGAACAACCGUGGAGAUGGAAUCCACUAUUGAUAUCGCUUUUUUCUCUUUUAUGGAGAUCAUUCAAUCGAUCAACUACGAAUCAAUCAAGACCUUCGCAGAAGAAUUCAACAAGAAGUACGAAGCCUUCACCGACUCAAUUUCUGAUGCAAUGUCUCCAAUCUUCGAGGUCUUCAGCAAGAAAUACGAAGCAUCCAUUCAAUCGAUCAACUACGAAUCGAUCAAGGCUUUAGCAGAAGUCUUAAAUGAGCAGUUCGAGUCAUGCACCAGAGAAGUGCCUGCUGUCAUAUCUGCCAGGUUCGAUAUGAUCUCUUUCGAGUACCAACAAGUCUACGAGAAGCUGGUACCAUUUGCCACUUACGUGCUUGCUGCAGCUCCAGCUUGGCCUACUGGUAGCUUUGACCCUAACUUCAUUGUCAGGGAUGUUUUUGAAGGAAUGGAAUCCUACACCACGAAGGACUCACUCGUCCCAGCACCAAUUCCACCAUUGAUAUCCUACAAGGAAAGUCAAUCGAUCGCAAUCAAGUUCUUGGAAGCAAUCUCUUUUGGUGCCAUUGGCAUUGCCCUUCUUGUCAUCGCUGUGGUUAUCCUUCGUGUCAUCAGGGUCAUUAAUCGUGAGCUCAUUGUCUCUAUGGGAGUUUUUUUAUUUUCUGAACAAGUGUUGGUAAUACAGGCCGCCUUUAUUGCAUUAAAGCUGAAAGAGAAGAAGGCUGCUUCUGUGAAAGGAUCUACUCGUCGUCCUGACAUGUCUAAUGGCGCUGCCAUCGCUGAGCUUUGCGACCUAUGCGCCAACACUUCCCCCCUGAAGGAUACUACUACCAAUGAUCCUUCUAAAAAUGAGAGCUUUUAA